AUGAACAGCUACCCGGCCGAGCUCACACACCAUGCCUACGCCUCCAUGCUCGUUGCGGGCCUCACCAAGCCCUCUCCGCGGAGCGCGCCUCUGGCAAGGUCAGAGUCCUCCUCCAGCAGGACAGGAAGGUCGGGCGCUUCACCUUCGCAACCGCAGGGCAACUCGGAAGCUACCUCAUCCCCGUCCAGGGAGCCCUCGGCGCCAGUCGCUGGACCCUCCUCGUCGCCGCUGGUCGCCCUGCCCACCGACUUCUUCCCGGAAUUGUGCGAGCAAUUAGCAGAAGUCUUCUUGUCCAGGGGACGCAAUGCAGUCUGGGAUCCUGCUAGGGGGCGAUCGGCAGUCUUCCACUCCGUCAUGGUAGAUCAUACCGUUCGCCUUCCUCCACGCAAGACAAGACCCAGUCCACGCUCCAUAGCAGCUCCCGAUAGCACGACCACCUCUGCGGCCCAGUUGGCAGCGCUACAGCCUCGGUCUCCCCUCUCCCCUCUACAUCCAGGCAGUCCCCUCUUUCCCGAUGGCCUCGUCGCUCCCAUCUGGGCACGCAAGCAUCGCGACCUCGUACCAUCCGUAUUCGUAGCCUUCCACUGCCUCGUGGAGCCCUAUGUUGAGGACGACGCGGCAGCAGCAUCGGCAGAGCCAAAUGCUUCCGCAGAAGUGGGUCAGCAGAGGAAGAGAAAAGGGCUUACAGGCCAAGAACUCAAGGCGAGGGAUGACGAGCUCAUCAAGCUCAUCUCGGACAGAAAGAGGGGCCUGGUGGAGAGGGGAAUCAAGCUGACGGUAGUACUGCUGACCAGUAGAGCUAUGCUAGAGAAUGCCCAACUCGAGGCUCGACUGAGUUAUAUUCGAAGAUCCUCAGGUCUGGACUCCAAAGCAUCUCUCUUCGUCCUCACACCGGUCCCUCAGAGCGAGCUCGGAGACUUCGUCACGUCUCUGCAGACCACUCUGUAUGAGCAUUCGCUAGACUACUAUCGAGAGCACGCUCGGCGCGUACGGCGGAAACGAGCUCGUUAUCCUCCGUCACCUGCAGUAGUACAGCCCAUCCUCCAGUCAGUGGCAGCGUCUCGCCCGGGAGGAAAAGCCGUGGAUCUAACGCCACUGAGUCGUGAAGGCUGGCAUGCCAGAGCAGAAUACAAGUUGGCCAUGUUCUCGGAGUUUCAUGGGGACUACGAGUCAGCCCUCUCCCACUACCAAGAGGCGUACGAUCUUUUAGCAGGGCAGCGAGGUAUGCUUGGUAGUACGAUGCUGCUCCCGCCACGGACAAAACGAUGGGCCGAAGCAAAGGUUCUCUGCGACACCGUGUCAUUGCGGAUAUGCAGACUGUACCUGUACGGAGACAAUGGUGAAGCUGCUUUGACCCACUUCCGAAAACAUGUCGCUCGCUUCGUCGAGCUGAGCUCGGGCUGGGGAAUCGGAGAUGCUACCUUCGAAUUUUGGAGCUGGCUGUCCAAGCAAUAUCGGCUAAUGGGUGACCUGCUCGACCAGGCCACUCGUCUAAUAUCCGGCUCUCCUCUACCACCCUUUCUACUACCUCUCCAUGCCCCGCCCUUGCCAUCGUAUCUCCUCCAUCCCAAGAUCGCAGAUCACACACAAGACUUUCCUUCGCUGAGAGCUGCUCCUAACGGACUGCUGUCCCCCAACCAGGCUGCCAUGGCGGCUGGCACGACAACAGCCGGGGUCCUUCAGGGUCCUGGCGCCUUCUACUACCUGGCAGCUGUGUGUGCCGAAGAACGACAGAAGAGGUUCUACCGAAUGCGAGAGCUAGAAAAGAAAGGAGAAGUGUCGGAAGGUGGGGCGGCGGCAUUGAUUCAUGAGAAGACAGUGGAUCACGCUGCGCAGAUCGUCGAGGUGUAUGAUCGAGCUCGCGAAGCAUUUCGAGCUGUCAAUCAGCAGAGACAUUCUUGCUAUGCCGCCGCCAAGAUUGCAUCUGUGCACGCCCAAACUGGCCAGUGGAAGCUGGCACUGCGCUUCCUGCAACGGCUCAUCCGGACGUACAAGGCAGAUGAUUGGCCCCUGCCGCUGUCUCAUCUCCUGACGUCAGCGCUCAUUUGCGCAGAGCAAUGCGAAGACCUACACAGCGAGACACAUCUGUUGCUGACUGCCAUGGCUGCGAUGUCCUCGUUACCACUCACAGAGAGAGGCACGGUGGUCUCGAGAUGGUCUUCCCUCGUCAGUCAUGGCGUCGACUCUGUGCCUAAUGGCGCAGAGGACGCUACUCGAGAGCCCACGCCGAUCAUGUUCGAAGCAACGCGAGGACCACUCGUCGCCAGAGUCGUCUUCAAGGAGCAAGCAGUAGCUUUUGGCACUUCGGCAGCCUUCCAAAUCACCAUAGAAAAUCCGCAAGGCUCAGACGGCCCUACACUAAGCUUCGAAGAAAUCGUCUUCAACGAUCAAGGAGGUGCUGUCGUCUGCAGGAGAGAGCACCGCGACAAAGUCUCCGCAGCAAAGGGACGCCAUCUGACAUUGGACGACGUCGGCUCACUAGAUGCGGAUCAGUGUGAGACGAGCACUGCCGAUCUGGUCUGGCCGUCUGGAUGCAGCAAGACCUACAGUGGCCGCAUCGUUUCCAAAUCUCGCGAUACGUUGCGGAUAUCGAGCAUAGAGCUGAAGGCAAGACAUCCGAUUCCGUACGUAUUGCAGCUCAAUGUGGCUGUCGGGGAUCCGCUGCAAUCACCUGAGGCUCCACUGUGGCUCGCGAAGCCCAAGCGAGGCAAAUCUCUGCAGUGGGUCCACCUAGAGCACCGCCCAGAUGCUUCCUCUUGCUUCAUCAAGGCUCCUUCGCACAAGCUCUCUGUAGACCUCAAGCAUCACCCUGUAGGCUUCCUUGACGAAGCAGUCGUUGUAGAGAUUAUCGUCGCGAAUGAGGACCGCGACCCGCUCGUUUGCUCAGCCGACGUCAUGCUUCAGCCGGCCUACGCAGGCUCACAGGAUGAGCUAGGACAGAGCAUUGGUGGUCAGCCUACCCUCUCCGGUAGCCUUAAGGACUUGUCCUUCGGUAGCAUUGCUCCUGGUGCAGCUGCUCGAACUAGCUUCUUCCUUCGUAGCAGACACCGCAGUGGCGUCAGGUCCAUGACCAUCUUUGUGCAGAGCAGAUCGGGUUCAGCUGCAAUGAACGGAGACAGCGAAGCUGCGACGGGCGCGGGCGAAGGCUCAGAGCUCGUCAGUGAGACCGUCAACGACAUUUCGAUACCCAUCCAGAGGAUCUUCAGAGCAGAGUACAGUGCAGAGUGGAGAAAGGGUAGCGCAAGCGCCGAUGGCCCAGGUGGUGAGGACAUGUCUAGGGGCAGCAGUCAAUUGAGUGAUGGCAGCAGCGGAGCCGCGGCCUCCCUCGCGGACGACUCUUUCGACGAGAUCGCCAAGUCACCCCUUGUCAAACAGGUCCAGACGAUAGCCACUGCUAAUCUUCACGCUGCUUUCGGCGUCCUCAGCAAGGAAGCGAUCACCAUCAGCGACGUCGUGGUGUCACUCCAGGACGAGCAACAGCACAGUGCCCGACUCGUUGCGCCCAAGUCUGACACCGAAGAAGCGGCUCGACGGCGCGACGAGGUGCGCAAGUUCACGCUCGAUGGGCAAUGGCGGGAAGGCGAUCGGUGGGGCUUCUCGUGGCUCGUCGAGGUAGAUCUCAAGGGCUCCACCGAGUCAAAUCGAGGUCCAACGGGCCACCUCGUCAUCACUUGGGCAAGGGCACGGCCAGAGGGUUUCGAGCAAGGCGGUAAAGGAGGGGCUGCUCAUGACUUCUUUGAAAACAUCAGCAGACUUCCACUACCGAUCCUGGCCCCUCCUCAUUUCAACGCUAGGGUUCUCGUCGCCUCGCCCCCGGUCACGCACACCCUCCAACCCUUCACUCUGGUCUUCGUCGUCGUGAAUCCUUCCUCGAGUCAGAUGGAUGUAAACGUCUUUAUCGACGACAGUCCCGUCUGGAUCAUCGGGAACCGCACUCUUUCCAUUCCCGGUAUACCCGCGAGGGGUAGUCGAAGUGUGCCGACGAGAUUGGUUCCGAGGCAGGAGGGGACGUGGAUGCUCCCCAGGGUGAGGGCCUUUCAGCAGAGGACAAAGGAGGAGAUGGAGGCGGGACUGAUACUGAAUGAGAGCCAGUAUGGAGUGCCUCUCCAUGUCCGCUUCAGAGCUAGCGCUGGAGCCACCCUCGGAGCGGCGGCAAUGCGAGCCAUUGCCUCUGGCGCUGCUCAAGCCGAGCAGGAAGGUCCUGCGUUGUCCGUCCUUGUCCUGCCACAAGAUACCUCUGCCUAG